CGGCGGCUCUGGCUCUGAGAGCCUUUCGGCAGCUCCACGGGGACCUCUGUGCACGGAUGGACCCGCCCGGACCCGGCGGGAAGCGGCCUGGCAGGCGGCAGGCCCGGCGGCGGCAGCAAAGUCCGGACGGGGCCAAAGCCGCGGGUCCCUGAGGCGUGCGGGCCCAGUGGGCCCGGCGGAGGCACCAUGAUGCCGGGCGAGACCCGCUCGGCGGCGCCCGGGACGGCAGUGGACCUCUCGCGGUGUCAGGGCUGCGCCUCCCUGCAGCAGAAUUUAAAUGAAUAUGUUGAUGCAUUAAUUACCUUGAAGCAGAAGAUUAUCAAUACAGAUAAUUUGUUAACGGAGUAUCAGAAGAAAUGUGAUGAGCUGCAGUUUGCAAGAAGGGAGAACAGCACUCUCCAUCACCAAGUGGAGCAGAUGCUUCAGAAAAUCUCUCCGCUGCAGAAGUGUCAGGAGGAGCUGGGCUCGCUGAGAGCGGAGCUCGAAGAGAAGAAGAGUUCUCUCCGGCUGUAUCAGGAGACCCAUCAGGAGUAUGCCCGCGCCAAGGAAGAGUGCUUGAAGAGUGACGCCCAGAAGAAGAAACUGGAAGCCAAGGUGAAGAAGCUGGAAGAGGCUGCGUUCAAGCAGAUUCAGGACUUCAAGCAACUGAGGAAUGAGAAGAAAGUCCUCGAAAAGGAAUUUAAGAAAACGCAGGAAAGACUGGAUGAAUUUUCUAAAAGGAAAAAAGAAAAGGAGUUGAGACACAUUGGAACACAAAUCUCCAGCGAUUCCUGUGGAAGGAUAGAUAAAAGGAAGGUCAAGUUGCUUCUGAAGGAGCUCUGGCUCUGCAUCAACACGGCCCACGGGAUCCCAGGUGAGGGGGGCUGCGCCCGGGGGAGGGCGGCCUGCGGGCGGGCAUCCCAGGGCCUCCCGGGUGAGGGUUGGCUCCUGUCUCCCUCACAGCCCGGGCCGCCCCAAGCUUCUGACAAGCAGGCAGGCUUAGCAGAGUUGUCCCUGGAGACAGAGGGUGAUUUUCCUUCAUGUAAAAAUGUGGGGAAAGCGAAGCCCCAUGGUGCAAGGUCCCGAGCUGAGCACAGAAAUCCUGAGCUUGUCACAUGGAGUCAGAGUGACGCUGAGAGCACGGCCUUCUCUGACCAUGACCCCUUGUUUGAUGAAGACCUUCAGGCUGCCAUUGACUUCUUCAGACUCCCACCUCCUCUUUUGUCUCCAGUGCCCUCACCCCCUCCGAUAUCCUUGCCACACCUGGGGCCUUUACCUGUGAGUUCUGCUCUUUGAUUUGAAUGUCAGAUGGAAACCUACUCUGGCGAGUACACAGACUCCAGUGAGGAUGACUCUGGCCAGCACCACAAUUCCGCUGAGUCUGUUUUUGAAGAUGAUACAGCUGAAUCUCAGAACUACUUUGGCUCAUUCAUUAGAAAUAAAGGAAGCAGUACCCUGUUUAAGCAGCCUGCAGCCCACGCAGCUCCCCGAGCUCCAGACACGGGCGCAGUCAACGCAGCGACAGCUAUGCUGAGAGGCCCCCCAGCCUCUCCCUCUUUAGCCAGUGAAGAGCUCCUGACCCCACUGUCUCAGUCCAUGACUGUCAAUAAAAGAGACAUUUCAGACGAAGGGCAAAGGCAGGCCACAGUCAGGGAGGUGGAUAAGUGUGUACAGACUGAGGAGACAGUGCCUGGUCCCACCAGCGCACUGGGCGUUGAGACGGUGUCUGGCCACUCAGCUACCACCAGGUGCUCAGCACUGUGCCUCUCUCCUCUUGGCAAGAGGCCACUGAGUGAACUCAUUGAAUCUGGGAGGAAAACCCUCUUAUCCAGAAUAAUACGGUCACCCCAGGCAGAGUUUGCUAGGCAGAUAGUCCCUAACGAAAUCGCUUCUGAAUCCGACCGUGUGCGUGCUAUUUCUGAGCUCUUCCACAGAGUGUCCAGAGAACUGGAGAUGGGGAGAGACGGUGCGCAGGGCUUUGCAUCAGAAUCGCUCGAAUCUGAGGAGGAGAGUGCAGGGGAUGUAGCGGACACGGCAGAGCUGGAGGUCAGUGCUGGCUUCUCCUCGGCCUCCCAGGUGUCAUCUGUCUGUGGCGGUCCCCAGGCUGCCUCUGGCUUGGAGGACGAUGGCGGUGUACAUCCUCCAUCCAGGAGGGUCUCCUCAGAGGCACCUUGUCCAGAGCUGAGACCAGCCCUUGAAGCCUCAAGCCCCAGCAGCCUGCAGUCGGAGAUUAUACCCAUUUCUGUAGGCAGCAGUGAGCCAGAGAGCAACCUGCAUGCUUUGAGCCCCAAGUUGGGGGCUUUGAAUUUCAGCAGCCCGAGUCAUAGUGGGAUCCAGUGGGUAGAGACUGUCAAAGGCACGAGCACACUGUUUUCAGUUCCUCAGUCAGUAUUUAUGAAAGCAACGAGAAACGGGCAGUGGGAAAGCGAAGCCCCUACAGCCAAGCUCACACGUGAAAAGUCGGACUGCACGUCCUCAGUAGCUGCUCGGAGGGGCCUGGUCAGGAGCAGCUUUGGCUCUGCGGAAAGCCCUUCAUGGCACCAGAGUGCUGUGCUAAGGAGAAAUGAGGGGGCCAGUCUGGGAGCUAAACCAGAGCCCAGACAGCAGCCCAGCCCUCGGCUGCAGCAGACAGCGCCACCGGCAGAAAACGGGGGCUCGGCGCCCAGACUCGGGCCUGCUGUGGAAGGUAACCGUGCUGUACUGUUCAAGGCUGCUUCGUGGCUGCCCAAUCAAGUGUCAGUUAUCACAAAACAGGCAAAACCUGCCAAGGCCCAGAGUGCUGUCCCUGAGCCACGCACACUGUGCAGGAGUGAGCCUACGUCAGCCACAGAGACUCUCGGUUCUGGGACUCAGCCUGUGGCAUGCACAUCACAAGGUGGUAGAGGAGAGGAGGGCAGCACACAGACGCUUGGGGGAGUGGCUGCUACGCACAGGACGUCACCGGAAGGUUCUGCCUCUCGGAGGCAGGCAGGUGCGAAUUCUCCAGAGAGUCUUGUACCAGUAGAAAACUCUCCUUGUUCCACAAACAGUGUAUUACCUCUCUCCUUUGAAAACAUCCCAGUCCAACCCCAGGAUGUUGUGGCAGGAGCCUCUGUCCAAGAGCAGCUACAGAAGCAAAGUCAACCCCUUCCUUCCACAAGCCCUGCCAUGUUUGGGGUGGACGUUGAUACAUCGCCAGCCACGGAAACAGUGACCUCGAGAGGCUUCCCCUCUGAUGGUGAGGCCCCGGCUGCUGGCAGUGGUUCUCCUGGUGUAGCGUGGAAUUCUCACGAGCCUUCGCAGCUGAAGUCUCAAACUGCUGGUGCUGCCUUGUCUGGAGGUUUUGCCACCAUGCGUACCGCCUCUCCUUCAGCCUUUUGCAGGAGCGAUGGAGAGACCCAUGCUCUUAGCCAGGACAAACUUCCUGACAUCUUGUAUUGCUACACAGGCCUCCGUGAGGGGGUUGAGGAGGACACGGAAGUGGAGGAGAGUGAGGCUGUCAGCUGCAGUGAGGGUGAGAGUGAGAUUGGGCCCGUGGGGGGCCAUGGGCAGCAAGUCUCCAAGGACGACCUCCUAACCGAUUCCGCAGACGCGGACGCCCUCCAGACCAGGCCUUCCAUAGAGCUGGGUCACCUGACCUCGGCUCUGCAAGACGUGAACAUCAGUGCUCUUUCUGAAAUAGACAGACUGUCCACAUCGGAGGUGGUCAGGUUCCUCGAAAGCUGUCAGUUAAGAGACUGCAGUUCUGGGGACUCUGUGUCGGAAUGUUCCAGCAAAGGAGCUGUAACUACGGAAAUGAGCAGAGAGCUGAGGGAAGGCAGAGACUCAGGAGAGCGGCACCAAACGCAGCUCUACGAGGAGGUGACACCAGGGACCUCCGAGGGGUCGGCUGUGUUGGAAGAAGAGGACUGUCCUCUAGGAGAUGCAAGUCCGCUUCCCGAGUGCGCGCUGGAAACACUCUCCGAGGUUCUCACCACGAUUAGGCCACACCUUGGAGCACGUGAUGGGGGCCCCGACGCUGCAGACACGGGGGAUUUACUGCUCUUAAACCUGUCUACCGUGACAGCUGAAGAUGUGAAAGAAAACGCUCUACCUCACAGAGCAGCUCCCUGUUGCUCACACCCUUCAGAACCACUGCCGCUGACCCACGCCGGCACAGGCAGCUCUCCCGCCAGCGCUGGCUCUCAGGACAAAGCCCCUCGGUGCACACCUGAGGCCACUCACAAUGUGGCCGGGCGGGUGGGUGGUGAGGAGGAGGCCCUGUUGAAAUCUGAGGAGCCAGCUCACCCGGGCUCAUGUCUGGGGCCAGGGCAGGUGCCUGAGCAGAGUUCUCAUGGGCUUCAGUGUCAGAGGGUGACAGGGACCUCCGAGGUUAUCAGUGUGCUUGUAAAUAAGGAUCAAAACCUAGUCAUUGAAAAGGGGGACAGCUGGACAGUCAUAAAUGGUGUGGCGGUCAUGCCAGGCGUGGACCAGGUCAUACUGUGUGACGCCCUUGGGGACACCCAGAUUGCCCCAGACCCAGGCCUGGAAGCUGACUGCAUUGCAGUCACUACUGCGGAGAAGUCCCCAGAAACAUGUCAGGCGGACUCUCCAUUUCAGGAGCCUCGGGGUGACAGUCCCACUUCACGCAGCCAGGAGGAUGCUUCGAGCAGUGGUCCGAGUGCCAACUUUGAUAAAAGUCGGCUGCGUAAUAGGCCCGUCAGACCCAGUGUGCGGAUUAGCUCUCAGAUAUACAGUCAGGACUUUGAGCCUCAGAUUGCGGCCUCUGAUCACACGUAUUGUAACUCCAAACUCGAGCCGUGCAGCAAAAGUAAAAUUCGAGCCAAACUUUCCAACAAAGACCAGCCCACCAAACCAGGAAAGCCUUCAGCACCAAGCAGAGCUGAAAGGGAUCAGAGUGAAGUUUCUCAGUCAUUGUCAGGAGAACGAGGCGGCUCAAAACCUCAGCAAAGGCAACCUCAGACCAUUCUAGCCAAUGCUGAUACAUCCACGCCUCCAGAAUGUUCCACCGACACGCUGAGCAAGAUACGGCAGGAGGUGGGUGCCCCCUUGCCGCCUCUCCUUGCUCCUCUGAUAGCAACGCCUCCCAGGACUUUGCGGCCGGUCUCGCCUCUCGGGUCCAGCUGCAGUCCUUCCUCUCCAGCCUCUCCCGUGGGCCGGAUUUCUCCGUUAGGUGAUGCGCCGACGUCUCCCAUGACGUCACCUUUGCCAGAAGACUCAGAGCGUAUCUCUCCUUCCUGUGCUGCUCCCUCUCCAUCCGCUGUGCCAGCCAGCGAGAGGGCACUGUCCUCUCCUCUGCAGUUCUGUGCUGCCACCCCAAAGCACGCACUUCCCGUGCCCGGCCGACUCCCUGCACGGGCACCUGGCCCCACUGCUGUAGGGGGCACCCAGGAGAAUUCCGUUAAAAUCCUCGACACCAUGUACCCAGAGCUGUCUGCCAGGGCCCGGACCCUCAGCAUCUUGAAGGGGAGCACCCAGCCCCCCAGAGGCCCACCCGCAGACUGCAAGAGUUCUCCAGGGCCUGUCGGUGCCGUCACACGCUUCAGAGCCAUCGCCUCCACGUCCACUGCCUUCGUGAAGACCGCGGGCAGUGGCGGUAGUGACUGUAACCAAGAUAAGUCAGGUGAUUCAGGGGCCUGGCAGGACUCCAGUGGGAAGCGGGCAUUGUCGGCAUCCAUACCACGGAGUGCUAAGCGGUUACGCCUGGACAGUGGGUCCCCAGAAUCAGAGACCAGGGAGGCUGGGGCAGAAGGAGGUGGUAGGAACCUCCGAAGGAACUAUUCUGAACCUGAAGUUGUACCAACAAACGGGGAAAGAAGUUGUUUUGCUCCAGCUGCUAACACAGUUUCAAAAUUGCCUUUAAACCCCAAAGAAAUUGUGGGAUCACACAGUCAGACCAUAACGAGUGCUCUGAAGAGAAUUGCAGAGGCGUCUUUCGAUCUGUUACCUGUCAUUCGCAGCCAUGUCUAUGUGGGGAACAUCUCCAAAAAGCCUGUCAUGAGAGAUCAAGAGAAAGAAGUGGUUUAUGAAUUUAGCACAACAAAAAAGCACCUGGCAGAGUGCUUGCUGCACUCCAUCCUUUCCGAGCUGCAUACCCAGAAAACAGCUACGGAGCACAGUUACGUCCACGCCCUCUGCAGAGUGUACGUGGGUGUCUGUCGGCAGCUGGGAGACUUGGAGAGAGCUCGCUUGUUUUGCUACAGCAUACUGAAGGAAGAUUUUCCUGAGUCCGACAAACUGACGCUGUUUAUUGCAAACAUGUGGCAUGAUAUAUUUAUGUCCCAAUCUGUGAUUAAUAAAGCGAUGCAGUUAGUUGCCAGGCAACGUGCUAAAGGAGAGGUUCUGAACUGUUUGAGAGCUUUCCUCAAUUGGGAGAAGAAUGCUCCUGUAGAUGUUGGCUUCAUGGUUUCUAAGCUGCUUUUGACCAUACAGUUAUGUCCAAAAACAGAAUUUCAGUCGAGUGAGAAGUUUGGUGAAGACCUGAGUGAUAACACGUGGGAAUGCAUAUUUGCCAUUGAUCUGCUCUGCUGCCAUCAGAAGUGGAUUUGGACACAUGACAACAUCAUAAGCAAGGAGCUCUGGCCUGUAAUGGACAAAUGGGUCAAAUACAGAAAAGGACACGCAAACAUCACCUAUACCCCUGACAUCAUUAUAGCAUCAGUGCUGCGGCUCAUUGGUCGUUUAGGCCAAUUGGGUUUGAAGGAGGGCUUCCCGUCGGCUGUGAAGAACAUCAGUUCGGUGAUUGGUAUGUUCAUUCAGCAUGCUCGGGAUGAAGAUAUACCCUGGGGUGUGCAGUUAGCUGCUGUCUAUGCCCUCUGUGACUUGAGUCCCAGCAAUCCAACGGAAAUAGCCAAGAUCCUGGAAGCCUGGCGGAAGGAGACGGUGCAGAGUGUGCCGGCCGCCGUGGUCAGCUCCCUGGAGGAAGCCGGUGCGCUGUGCACAGAGGAGUGCAGCUAG